AUGAACGAUAUAAGAUAUCUCGGUGACCCUGGAUAUCAACAAGGUAUUGGUCCGGAACAUGGUGUUAGUCAAGCAACAGCACAGUCGAACGAAUGGAUAAAGUUUCCAACUACCAACCAUGAACUGAUGGAGGCCAAGCGGGUAUGGCAAAGCAUGUAUAAAUGUCCAACAGCAAUUGGUGUAACUGAUUGUACACAUAUAGGAAUCCUGAAAGCAAAUAGCCAUGGAGAUGAGUAUAUCCACCGAAAAGGGAAACCUACUUUAAAUGUGCAAGCUACUUGUGAUGCCAGAGAGAUGUUCACAAGUGUUGAUGUCAGUUGGCCUUUAUCAGGGCAUGAUUUCAGAAUAUGGAGAUAUUCACAGACUAGAUCACAACUAAUAAAUAAAGCAAAUGUACUACUUGGCGAUGACGGUCAUGGUACUGAGCCAUGCCUUAUGACUCCCUUCAGAAAUCCUACUCCAGGUGCAGGAAAGAGUUCCACCGAGAAGCAGGUCGUGAGGAGCACCGGGAGCCAGUAG